CAUGGACGGAGCGAGAUCGCCGGCUGUCUCUGAUCCACCGCCGUCACCGUCAAAUUUGCCUCGCGAUAUCCUCGCGGAAAUUCUCAAAAGGCUCCGGGCAAAAACCCUAAUGAAAUUCAAGUGCGUUUCAAAAGAUUGGUUUAACCUAAUCCGCGACUCUUCCUUCGCAGAAUCUCACCUAAAUCACGCUCGAACCCGACCCGACUCCUCGCACCUUCUCUUCGCCUUCUUCGCCAUUGACGACCAAAUCCACACAAUUUACCCAACCAACGAGAACCUUUCCUUAACUUCUCAACUUCCAUCGCAUACUUUUGACGAGGAUUUUCAACCUUGCUCUAACGUUGCCAACGGCCUUAUUUGCGUCUGUUCAAUCCGCUCCACUCAGCCUCGUAUUUGGGUUCUCAAUCUCACCACCAAGCAGAAGAAACCCCUCCCGCACCCAAAUUUGGCCAACACUUAUUCUAUCCCAAAUUUCUGCCUCAGCAUAUUCUACCUAGGGUGCGAUCCAGUCUCAAAUCAGUACAAAAUCCUCCACCAUUACAAACAGGCGUACGAGGUUCUCACAUUGGGAACCGAAACCUGGCGACCGGUACCAGGAAACCCUACCGCAGAGAUUGAUUUAUUGAAAGCUCGAGAAGGUUUCAUUUACCAAGGAAUGGGACACGAAGGUGUGGCUUCCAUUAACGGCAGAAUUUAUAUCAGAAACUUAGAGGCGGAGGUUAUGUCAUUCUUCGAUUUGAAGGAUGAGAAAUUCGGAGAAGUGGAUUUUCCAGAAAGUAUAGAGGGCGUUUGCCGUUACACGGCCGAUUUAAUCGACUUCGGUGGGAGAUUAGCGAUUGUGGUCGGAAAAUACGAGAUUGUGAGGCAACUACGAAUUUGGAUUUUGGAAGACGAGGAUAAUAAUUGCGUUGAGAAGAGAUUAACACUACCAAAACGUAAUAAUCUUUACGUGGAAUUCAUCGGCGUCAUAGGUAAUGGCAAGGUGAUAGUUAACUGUAAGGAUUAUUGCAGCUUUGACGUAAGCCCUAGUUACUUUAAAUAUUAUGAUUUGAAGACGUUGGAAGUUACUAGCAAUAGUGUAAUUAAGAUUCAGCCGCACAGGGAUCCUCUGUCGUACAAUUAUGUUGAAAACAUUGUCCCAUUGUGA